AUGGGUUCAUCACAGAUAGAGAAGGAGGGUAAAAAAGAAAUCCAACAAACACAAAUCGAAAUUGAAGAUGAAUCUUUUGAGAUUAAGGUACUGUUCUUUGCUCGAGCUAGAGAUCUAACUGGAAUGACUGAUAUGAAAAUGGAAGUGACAUCUGGUACUAGUGCUGGUGAUUGCUUAGAUAAACUUAUUGCAAAAUUUCCUGGCUUGAAAGAGCUUCGUGGAUGCAUGGUUCUGGCUUUGAAUGAGGAAUACACAACUGAAUCCGCACUUGUCAAGAAUAAAGAUGAGUUAGCCAUUAUACCUCCUAUAAGUGGAGGCUAG